ACGAGGACAGCGUGUCAAAUCUUGGAUAACUUGUAAUCUCUUCUCGACGAAGAAACAAAUAAAAUUUGUAGAUCAGAAUAAUUACUCAUAAUUCAUAGUUCACACGGUCAACGCCUUGGAAUCAUAAGAAAGCAAAUCAGAGUAAUUACUACUACUACUACUACUAAUCUAUACAGACAAACGACUUUCUUGGGAAAAAAAGCCCAAAUGGUAGUUUCAUUUCGGAUCUAACGUCUCGCCACUUUACUAAAAGCAACAAAUAAAUAAAAAUAAAGGUAUUCCUUUGAAGAAGAAGGAGAAAUCAAUUCGGAAAUGGAAGGUCCAAAGACGAUCCUUGGUUACGUCUGUUACUCCAUCUUCUUCCUUCCUGUCUUCAUCAUUCUUUUUAUUAUUGGAUUCUACAAGGGUAUUUUGAUGACUCCCUUUGUAUUUCUGAUAGUCGCCUUUGGGGAUUGGUUGGUCAUUUUUGGUCUAUUUCCCCUUCAUUUUUUCUGGAGUAUUUUUUGUAUACUAAGAACCAAGAAAUUCGGUCCAUACAUGAAAUGCCUCCUGCUUCUAAUUUUCCCAAUACCAUUAGGAUUGUGGACCGGACUAGGACUUAUUGGAAGUACAACGAUGGGUCUAGUAGUUGGCUUUGGUUGGCCUUUCAUGGAGACAUUCAGGGCAAUUAGCAAGGAAGGUGUUCCUAUUCGUAUAAGAAUAAAGAAAUGCUUCACGGAGGGUCUUAGCAGCAGCCUCAGGGGUGCAUGCACUAUUGUAAGCGAUUAUAAAGAUUUUUCCUUCUACUCGUUCUUCUCUGUUGUGGAUGAGCUGCUGAAAUCAAAGGGGGAGGAGGAGCCUAUUGAACUCAAGGUCGUCCAGAUACCUGGAUGCAUUUUGGCAGCUGUUCUCGGGAUUUUAGUUAAUGUGCCUGUUAUCAGUAUAAUAACUGUGUAUAAAGCUCCAAUAUUGCUGCUCAAAGGCUGGUACCGGUUGAUACAGGAUCUUAUAGGGAGGGAAGGACCAUUUUUGGAAACCAUGUGUGUUCCCUUUGCUGGGGUUUGGAUUUUGUUGUGGCCAAUCGCAGUUAUUUUGGCUACUAUACUUGGUAUAAUUUCAAGCUUCGGUUUUGGAUGUUAUGCUGCUGUUGUUGCAUACCAGGAAAGUUCUACGAGGAGAGGAUUACUCUAUGUAGUUGCUGCUGCAUCCGUAUUUGACGAGUACACCAAUGAUUUACUAUACCUGCGUGAAGGGUCCUGCUUUCCAAGACCUUCAUAUCGUGAGCAUGGUUCCAGUUCUUCAUUACUUCCUGUAAACAGUCUGCGUGAACAGCAUGAGGUUAUUCAUUCUGAGGAACCUUUGAUAGGGCCACCUAAUGUGAGAAUGAAGACAUUGCAGGCUGUAGUGAUAUGGGAUGGUUUCAUUAAAGCAUGCGAAGAAAUUGGGAAAGAGCUUCUCAGAGAUGGAGCCAUUGGAAUUGCGGAUCUGGAUGCGUGGAAAGAGUCAAAGAACAAGAUUGUUAACAUUGGAAUUCCUGCAUAUGCAUUUCUUGAAUGCUUUUUCUGUUCUAUCAAGAAUGGUUCCCCUGGGUUUCUCUUGCGUGAUAAUAUUGAGAUUACCAGUGUAAAUAGACCAGAGGGAAGGGUUUUUGACUGGCUUUAUGAGCCCAUGUCUAUCAUGAAGGAGCAGAUCAGGAGUCUUAAUUUAGAGGAAAGGGAGGAGUUGUAUUUUUAUAAAUACUGCCUCUAUAGUGGUGAUACAUCAAGAAUCGAGUCAUGGCAGAACGGUGGUGUACCUCCUCAGGAUGAGAUAAGAAGGGCUCAGUUGGAGGGUAUAGGUAGAAGGUUACAAGGAUUUUGUUUGACAUUAUCGAGGCUGCCAACAUCCCGGCGUCAUUUCUUCGAAGUAGUCAAAGCUAUAGAGGAAGAAAUGAAGAAUUCCAGAGGCCUCAGAAGCAGUGGUGAUGGUAUAGAAUCAGGUUACAAGGAUUUUGUAUGACAUUUUGGAGUAGUGGAAGGUAUAGAUCAAGAACCAAAGAAUUUUACAGGCCCAUGUAUGCAUUUUGUGUGUUGUGCACUAACUAGUGCCAGAUGAAUCUCUCCAAGGCAGCCCCACCGGGGCUAGCUGUUAGCCGAGAUCCUAUGCAUCUCACUUGAAUUGAAUGUUUGGGGUUCCAUUCUUUCCCCUUUGCAUUUGUUUGAGGUAUUUCUUGUGGGAUUUGUGUAAUUGAUCAGUUUGUUGUAUGUUUGUGAUAAUGUAACAGUUUGUUGUUAGACAUCUUACUCUAUUUGAUGCAUGUCCCAUGAUAUUUUUUUUAUACAAAUUUCUGUUCUUUCCACUUUGCAUUUGUUUGAGGUAUUUCUUGUGGGAUUUGUGUAAUUGAUGAGUUUGUUGUAUGUUUGUGAUAAUGUAACAGUUGAAUGUGUGUUGUUAGACAUUUUUUUUACACAAUUUGAUGUAUGUCCCAUGAUAUUUCUUAUACGAAUUACUGCAAGUUGUGAUAGUCAACAUCCUGAUUAUAGA